AUGACCAGCAUUAGGAACCUCAAGGGUAAGUGCCGCCUGUCAGAAAGCCACGGCUCUGCGGAGUACAGGAAGGAGGUAGGAGUAGGACUGGCUCUUAGGAAAAUGGGUGCCAUGGCCAAGCUAGACUGUAUCAUUACAUGUGCCGGCAACAAUAUCGCCAUGAAAACCGAGAGCACUAGGACUUUGAAGAGGACACGGUUUUCUAGUGCCCUGGGAGAGAAGUCUGGUGAAACUACAGCUGAUGGUAGAGAACCCGAGACAGUCUGUACCUUUGGAGAUGGUGCCCUGGUAGUGGGAUGGCACCACAGGAAGACCGUUGGGAAGUUGAAGAUGGAUUGA